AUGAAGUUUGGUGUAGAAUUUAAUGCUAAAAUAUUUGAGCCCUGGAGGGAUUCAUAUGUUCAAUAUGACAAGCUCAAAGAACGAUUAAAAGAAACGGAAGAAAGUAAUGAUUCAUUUGCCAACCAAUUUGAAAUCGAGCUAAAAAAGGUAUAUAACUUUGUUCAGAUCCGUUUACAGACAAUGACAAGCCGUAUCGAUUAUUGCAACUAUCUUUUGAGAGGGUAUAGUAAAUCGAAACCGGCAGAAGAUGCUUAUAAUUCUGUGGCAGAUAGCUUGGCAGAUAUUCUGAUUGACAUAGAUGAUUUAACCAAAUAUCAUGAAUUAAAUCUUAUUGCCUUUGAAAAGAUUGCAAAUAAACAUGAUAAUAAGGUAGCUGGUGGCAUACUUACACCGUAUUUUUUUGAUAAAUUAUUAUAUUUAUAUCCACUGGAUAAACAAAGGUUCGAUAUAUUGGUCGUGCGAAUUUCCGAAAUGUAUGAAGUUUGUCGACACUAUGGUAAUGCAAGACUAUCCUGUGUUGAUGACAAUAGUUCAGAUAUUAAACAAACGGCCUUUGAAAGAGCUACAUAUAAAUAUUGGGUUCACCCAGAUAAUAUCAAUCAAGUCAAGACAAUUAUUUUAUUACACCUGCCAAUUUAUGUCUUUAACAGGAAGAAACAAUAUGAAUCAACAGAUGCAGCUGUUUCUAGUGUUUAUUUUGACAAUGAACUAUUUGAACUUUAUCAUGAGCGACUGGAUCGUAGUGAAGGUGCAGAGGCCAUUCGUAUUCGUUGGUAUGGAAAAAGUAGUGAACUUAAUGACGAUGUUUAUGUUGAACGGAAGACACAUCAUGCUCCAUGGAUGUAUGGUAAAUCUAUUAAGGAUCGUUUCAGGAUCAAGGGGGAUCAAACCAAUGCAUACUUAAGUGGAACAUAUACAGCAAAAAACUAUAAAGAGGAUUUAGAGAAAAGAGAAAAGAUGGAUUCCAAGACAAUUGAAGAUAGUUAUUUUAUUGCUGAGGGAAUUCAUGAUUCUAUCAAACGUAAAGAAUUGAAGCCUAUGUGCCGUGUUUUCUAUAAUCGCACUGCUUUUCAACUACCAGGCGACCAGCGUUUAAGAAUUAGUUUAGAUUCAAAUCUGACUUUUAUUCGAGAAGAUCAUAUAGAUGGUAGGGAAAGACGGGUAACGGAGAAUAGAUCAUCUAAUUGGAGAAGGCAAGACAUUGGUAUUGAAUACCCAUUCCGCAAAGUCAAAGAGUCUGACAUUUUGAGAUUCCCCUAUGCAGUUUUAGAAAUUAAGAUACAGGAACAUCUAGGGCAGGAAAUUCCCAAUUGGUUGAACAAUCUUUUAAAAAGUCAUCUUGUGUUUCAAGUUCCUCGAUUUUCCAAAUAUAUUCAUGGCGCAAGUUGCUUAUUUCAUGACAAGGUUUCUAAUACUCCCUUUUGGAUUGAAAUGCUUCAUGAAGAUAUAAAGAAGCCUGUUAUACAGAAUAUUGGGCUUUCUCGAUCUCAGAGCUUUAAGGCUCUCAUCAAUGGGCAUCAUAGAAAAUCGCUCUUUGCUCAGAAUGAUAUACCUCUUAAAGUAUCCACUAUACUAGAAUUUAAACCAAAGCAUGAAUCAUAUACAUUAAUGGAUACGAAAAAAUCAAAUACAAAAGAAAUUAAUAAUCAAGAUAUUCAGCACUUAUCUAUUAACUUCCCAGAAAAUUUAGUAUCACCUACACUAGAACAUACUGAAAUAGACAACUUGCGGUUUCCACAUAAAUUUUUCAAGUUUUGGAAAAAGAACAAUAAAGCUGAGGAAGAUAUAAUAAAUACCAAUAAAACAUCUAUUUGCAAGAGAAGAGAUUCAAAAGUAUUUUUUUCUAACGAACGUACUUUUAUGGCUUGGCUACAUUAUUGUAUUUUACUUUUAACAAUUGCAAUAAGGUUAGUUAAUGGUGGUGAUACAGUAUCAAAAAUAAUUGGCAGUACUUUUAUUGCUUUAACAGUAAUGGUUUCUAUUUAUUCAUUGGCACGCUUCCAUUCUAGAGCUUAUCAUUUAAAAAAUGGUUAUCCAACAUCAACAUUGGAAGACAUUUAUGGGCCUAUUACAUUGUGUGUUCUAGUUGCUGCUGCCAUAAUUGCUAAUUUUUAUUUAAGACUUCCAUUAAUUAUGGAAAAGAAUUAA